AUGUUAUUAAUUAUACUAGUUAUUCAGAUUGCGUAUGCAUAAAUUAGAAAUCAAACUUCAACUCUAAUUAUGUAGACAAUGCAUGAAUCUUAUCAUUAUGAUUUAUUAACUAAAUACUCAGACUAUUUGAAUCCUGAAUUUUAGAUUAUUAAUAUUGCACCUAUGAAUAAUUUUACCAAAGAAAAAGCUCAACCUAAUUAUACAAUAACAGAAUUGAGUUAAUUUAUCAAUUCUAUUUAAUUUAAUAAGUCUUAUCAAACUACUUCAUAAUAUAAUUUAAAGAAAUACCCUAUCACUAUUUUCUUAUGCGAUAAAGAUGUUAUUAUAUUAGAAUAUACAAAAAAUAUAAAUAAUCAAAUGGAUAUAUAUUCUCAUCAUGAAUAUGAUUUAACCAAUACAAUUAAUGAUUUAUAAUCAUGUACAACUAUGUAUGGAUUGUUUGAUGAUUUAAAAGUAAAUAUUGAUUGUGUUGAUCAAUAAAAUAAUUUUAUAAAUGUUAUUCUUGAAAUUAUUUUAAAUAGAAAUAUGAAAAUUUAAGAUGUUUAAUUUACUAUAUAAUUUUAUAGUUUUGAAAAUAUAUUGGGAUCAAGUGAAUAAGUAACGACAUAUUGGAAUAAUUGUAAGAAAAAAGAUAUUAAAUAUAUUGUACAUUUUUCAUAAAUUAGUAGAAUCUUUUAUUGUUUAUAUGGUAUAUAUAUAUAUAUUAUAAUUAAAUUAGGUAAUUUAAUUUAACCACAAGAUUAAAUCAUAUUAAUUGAAGAAAGUACAUAAUUAAUAGAUGAUAUCUAUUUAAUUAAAGUGUAUGUUCUAGAUUCACAUAAUUUUAAUAAGUGUAAUAGUGAAGAAAUUGUUAAUUAUUUUUAUAUCAAAUAAUUAAUUGCUAAUUCUAUCACAAGAAUAACUGAAUAUACAUAAUAUGAAUAAUAGAAUAAAUGGGUUCUUAGUUUAUUGUUAGUUGACAGACAUGGAAUUUGUAAAUGUGGCAAUCUUAUCAAAAAUAAAAUAUCAUGUGAUUUUUUAGAGCUUUAAGAAGGACUUUAUACAAAUUUAUAUUCAUCAUCAUAUUUAGAAGAAAUCACAUAUAUUUAUGUAGCAUCAGAAAUCUUACUAUAUAAAAUAAACUUCUAUUUCACUUACCUUACAGAUUAAGAUAAAAUAGAAGGAUAUUUUUAUAUAAAAUAAGAUGGGUUUAAUUUAUAGAAAAUUCAUAUAUAUUAUGAUUAUCUUAUUGUUGUAAUGACAAAAAAGAAUAAUAUUACCAAUAAUGAUAAUUAUUUGCCUUAAAAGAUUUUGUUUUUUUAAAAGAAAUAUAAUAUUUAAUAAUAUGUCCCUAAUUACAUCAUUGAUACAAGUACUAAUUAUGGAAUUUUUAGGGUUAAUUUUGAUGAAUUUCCAGGAAGUUAUUAUUUGGAAUAUAAUUAUAAAAUGUAAAAUCUUAGUUUGCAUUAACUUUAAUGUAAACAUUUAAUUUUUACAUAUGAACAAGAAAUAAAAAAUAAGAAUUAUUUAAUGUUUUAGAUUACUUUAUAAAUUACAAAUCUUACUAUAUCAGCAAUUGAUAUAUUUAAUUUAGUGAUUUCUUAAUUUAAUGAUGAUUCAUUCUUUUUAAUAAAAGAAAAUGUAUAAGAUGAUUUGAUAUUUAAAUCAGAACAAUUCAAUUUCAAUUUGAAUACUAAUCUACUUGGUCCUUUACUAAAUUAUCAUGAAAUUGAAUGGGAAGAUAAUCCAGUUACAGCAUCUUCAGUAAUUGAAUAUAUAAGAGAGAUUAAGUUUAUGCAUUUUAAAUCUGAAUUUAUCAAAGUAUUUUCAGGUUUAUUUGUGUAUAAUGAAAUAAAUGCUUAUUUUUCACUUGUAGGAUUAAUAAAAGAUGAAUCAAAUGAAACUAUUUUAGCUUAUUAAUAAUUUAAGUAUGAUAAAAUUAGAUUUGUGGAGGAAGGAAAAUUAAAAUAAAUAAAAUUAGAGUAAUUUCAAUUUACUAACAUUGAUUUUUUUAGUCUUAACAUUUUAACUGCUAUAAUUGGAGAUUCUGCUUAAAAGAAAUAUGUUCUAUGUUAUAAUAACUAAUUUUCUUCUUGUACUUAAUUGACAGGGUAUUUAUUACUUGAUAAUUUAUAGUGAUUUCUUAAUAGAAUAAGAUACCUAUGAUUAUAUUUAAUUAAAUGAAAUUAGAUGCAUAAAUGACACUUUAUUUGCAAUACCUAUUAAUCGUAAGAAAAUCAUAUUGUUCAGUUUAACUUGUAAAAUCUUUUUUGUAUCAUAAAUUGACAUUUAAAAAAUGGGAUAAAUUGAUUAUCAAACAAUUCCAGAAUUAGAUGAAUUUAUAAUAUUAGAUGCCCGAUUUGAAAUCAUUGAUAAUAAAUUAUCCUUCUUACUAUUAAGUGAUGGAAGCAUUAUGUAAAUUAUUACAUAUUACUCAAUAUCUGAUUAUAAAUUGAAUUACAAAGUAAUCAAUAAAAUAAAAGAACCAGAUUGUAUACCAAUGAUGAAAAAUUCAUCCAAAAUCUUUUUUCAAUUCCAUUAAGAUAAAAGAGUUUUAGUAUAUAUUUGUAAUCAAGAUUCAUAAAACUAAAAAAUAUUUGAAUAUGAUUUAUAGAAUCCAUAUAAUCCUUUUUUAAUCAGAAGAUACUCUUUAUUCAGUUAUUAAAUUAACAAUUUAUUAAAACCUUUUAGUGAUUCACAGGUUAUCUAUAUUCCAGUAGAGGCUAAAGGAUAUUUAGCUUAUUCACCUUUUUUUCCAUCUCCCAAUAUUCUACUUCAUGAUAUUCCUGUAUCAAAAGAUCUAAUAAGUGCUAUACCAGUUAUUGUUAAUAAUUUUGACACAAAUGAAUGGGACAUAUUUUCAAUGGCAUUCUUCUUUGAUAAUAAUGGAGGAACUUUAUUUUAUUUGAAUUCAAAUCCUGUUUAUUAUAGUGUUUUGAAUAAUGAUGAUACAGAAUCUAAAAAAAUGAUUAUGGUCUAUUAAUAAAACUAAGAUUCUAUUAUUUUUAAAGAGUUUGAUAUCUUUUUUGAUUAUUCAGAAACAUAGAUAAUCUUUAAUCCAAAUAAUAUUAAUUUAGUUGUAAAUUCUCAAAAUGUAAACUUAGAUUUGAAUAACUCAGAAGUUUAAGGAGCUGUAGAAGAUUUUGAAAUCUAAAAUUUAUCAGAUUAGAAAAAUAUAAUUAUAAAGAAAAAUGAUAUUUUAUAAUUGAAUUAAUAUUUGAGUGACCAUUAUGAAACUUUAGAAUUUGGAAGAAUUUUUGAUAUUUUAGAUAUGAAUUAAACUGAAUAUUUGAGUAUUAUUAAUUCUACUGCUUAUGAGAAUAACCUAAUAUUUACAGUAAGUUAAUAUUAUUUUAUCAUUUAUGAAAAAUAACGAUAAACUACUAAACAUAUUAAUAGAAUAACAAUCUUAACAAAAGAAAGAUUAACAAAUUUGAAUUCACAAUUAGAAAAUCUUAGAUAAUGUAGAUUAUCUAUUAAUGAUAUUAAUUAGGUAUUAUUAUAUUGUUAUAAAUAUUAUUCAAGUAGUUUAUAAAAUCAUUCUAAACUUGUCUAAUAUUUUUAAAUUAAUUUUUAAUAUGAUUAUGCAAAUUCAAAAAUCAGUUAUAAGAUUAAGCCAUUAAAAAUAUCAUUAGGAAACAGAUUAUAAAUUGAAGCAAUAAAUCCAAUUAAAUUUUAAGGAUAAAUAUUUUAAUUCAUAAAAUAUAACUAUGAAAAUUCAUAAGAUUAAUAUGAGCUAAUAUCUGGUAAAAUAGAGAAUGGUCAAUUCACUAGUAAAUAAAUUAUUUAAUCUUCUACUUUUGAUUAUAAUAUUUUAGGAUAAUUAUCUUUUGAUACAAUAUUAUUAAAUGAUGAAACCAUUUUAGUUUUGACUUUAGAUAUACAUGAACUUAGAGUCUUAUUCUUUAGAUUAGAUAAUACAACUUUUGAAUUAUUUAAAACUAAGGAGGAAAAGUUUUCAUAUUAAUAAUUGAAUCAAUACUUAUUUCAUUCAAUAAACCAAUACCGUUUAGAAACAAUCCAUUUACUAGAUUGUUAAGAUUAUACAUGUUUAGUAUUAUUGGGAACACCAGAUAAAUUUUUUGAAUUUCACUUAAUUCUUUCUGAAACGGAAAUGUCAAAAAUAGUUAAAAAAUAUAUAUAUUUAAAUUAUUUUAGAUGUAUUCAUACAAAUAAGCAAAAACCUUAAAUUUAAUUAAAAAGCAACUUAUAAAUCAGUCAGUUGGUGGCUGCUUGUGUGAAAUAAGAUGUAGAAAAGAAUUUCUUUUUUGAAGACAAAUUUGAUUACUUAUAUGAUGAUCUACAAGUUUUUGUUUAGAUUUUUCAUAAAAUUUAAGAUGCCAAUGAAUCUUCACCAAUUAGGAUAUAUAGAUUCUUUUUUGAUAUUACUUUAAGAGAUAGAUUUCAUUUUUUAUUAUACAUACGUGAACCAGAUAAUAAUAUACAUAUACUUUUUGAGAAUGAUACAUAUUUUCUUAUAGAUUAUUUAAAAUAAGAUAAAAUAUCAUUUUAGAUAAAAACAAAUUACACAAAAACAACAACUGUAACUGGUAAUUUAAUUCUAUCCAAUAUAUUCAAGAAAAAAACAGUAGAUAUCUCAAUUAAAUUUGAAUUUCCCAUAGAGAGACACUACAUAUGGAUUUAUAUCACAGCGGGUACAUUUUUAUUAAUUAUAUUGAUUGUACUUGGAAUACUUUUAUGGUUAAAAAAAAGAAGGAGACAAAAAUGCAGAAAAAGAAAAAAUGAUUCAUUUUCUAAAAGUCUAAUUGGUUUAGAUGAUGUACUUAAAGAAGUAAUAUUAGGAGAAGGGAAAAGAGGAUCUUAAACAAAAUUAGAUGAUAGUUAUUCUAAUGAAAAUGAUAGCGAUUGA